CUUUUGCAUUGAUUAGUUCCAACUAUAUUUCCAUUCUUGGAUUUUUGUUUCUUUCUUUAUUUACUUGCUUGUUACCCGUUUGCCAUUCGCUCUUGAUCUACAUGGGUUCUAUGUCUUUUCCACCAAUAUGCUGACCUUGAUGCCUGUGUAGGUGAGAAAUUAGAAAAUGAAGAUGGGAAGAAAUUUGGAGAAAGUAUAAAAGGGAUCUGCUGAUCAACCGCAUGAUUGAAGGAUUAUAUCAUGGUGACUGUGUCUAAAGAUGAUAUGGCUAUUAAAUCUUACCAAAGUCAGGCUGAGGUUCUGGUUAAGAAUUACUUAUUAGCAGCUCCUUUCAUUCCUUACACUUCUAUCCUUGGUGGCCUAGUUGCUGCCAAAGUGGCAUAUGAGUUUACACGAUUAAUAAGCAAUUUCUAUUUCAAGACUUAUGCUGGUCUUACAAAAAUUCAACGAAUUGAGUGGAACAAUAGGGGCUUGUCUUCUAUUCAUGCGAUUUUUAUCUCAGCUUUGUCAUUGUACUUAGUAUUUUGGUCAGACCUCUUUUCUGAUCAACGGCCUACUGAUUUUGUUACUUUGCGAAGUUCACCACUCUGUAUUUUUGGACUGGGGGUUUCUGUUGGGUACUUCUUUGCUGAUCUUGGGAUGAUUUUCUGGUUCUUUCCUUCUUUAGGAGGUUUGGAGUAUGUUAUCCAUCAUUCUCUUUCAGCAAUUGCCGUAGCAUAUUCUAUGUUUUCUGGAGAAGGGCAGCUUUAUACAUUCAUGUGUCUCAUCUCCGAAGUAACAACUCCUGAGAUUAACAUGAGAUGGUAUCUAGAUACAGCUGGCAUGAAAAGAUCCGCUGCAUAUCUUAUCAAUGGAGUAGUGAUCUUUCUGGCUUGGUUGAUCGCAAGAGUACUGCUAUUUGUUUAUAUGUUUCACCACAUCUACCUGCACUAUGAUCAGGUUGUCCAGAUGAGCCCCUUUGGUCGUCUUGUCGUUUUUGCAGUGCCAUCAGCACUAUUUAUAAUGAAUUUGAUGUGGUUUGCUAAAAUCAUCAAAGGAUUGAUGAAAACUUUAGCCAAGAGACAGUGAUCUUAACAGUGAUCUUAACAGUGACCUUAUCUUUAUCAUCAUACAUACAAGGUCAACCAAUAUGUUCCUCUCAAUGGAUGUAGUAUUCCUCUGUAUUUUACUGUCUUCUCUGCUUUAUAAAUCAUUGAGGGGGCAAAAAGGGAAAAGGAAAAUAGAAGGUAAUCUGAUAUUCUUAGUUGAUGGAAUCAAAUUUUUGUAUAUGAUUACUCAUUCAGUGCUUACCACUAGUUAGAGAAAAAAGAUCACAGGUUUAGUUCUUGCAAUUUCGUAUAUUUGGAUGUUAAAAGCUGAUGGGCUGCCUUUUUGACAAAUAUCAUUUGCUAUUAUUUCCUUAUUGUUAA